CUGCUUCGAAUACUCGGAGCCUGGCAGUCGGCAAAGAGGCCGGAUGUUUGAUGGAGUUCACAGGAGCAGCCGCAUAUUUUGGAGGAAUAAAUUAGCAGCUUGGCUCCUUGCUGUUGUGCCAAGACUUCUGGGAAGUAAUCCAGCACCAGGGAAAGACAAGGUUUGGAUGCCAUAUUGGAUCCACCAUAAUGUGAGGUUAAUUGAAAUGGAAAUCCUCGCUGCCUCACCCAAAAAAUGAAUACCGUUCUCCAGACUGUGGGGGUGAAGAACUGUACGUAUGACCGGAAAUAUUAAAUUAUCCACGCCCGGAUAAAUUAUCAUGAAAAACGCAUUGACCUGGUUGAAUCCUUGCGGCGGGCCACACUGUGACGCGUCCUCCUCGUCCUCGGAAGAGGACGCCGGGCGUUUCCUUCCCGCGGAAACGGAUGGAGGGCAGCGGGCGGCGGUGACCCGGGCAUCCACGUGGUCUGAGCCCUCGUCGUGUCCUGGACUUCACGUUCUAAUAAUGACUAAUCUGUUUGCAGACGCCAGCUCGCCCCCAUUAGGGAGAUUUAUAGCCUCGCCAAUUUUCCGUAUUCCAAUUUGCUCAGGUCAAAGUAACCGUUCACAAUUAGACGCAGUAACCGUCGCCGCCCGCCUCUCUCUGGUCGGAGGUGCUGUACAUACAAUACAGACCUUCUCUGGUUAAACUUUGCCAGGCAUCCAAGUCGCUUAAAACUGCCUAAUAAUGUAAGAUUUUUAUGUAGUGCCUUUAGUUCUAACGCUAUGAUACAGAUGUUAGCACCAUCCAGUGGAAGCUGAACGUCAACGAUUAGCCCUCGUCUCGGUUUCCUUAUUUCUAAUGGGACAUUUUUAAUUUUCAAAGAAGAAUUCAUCUUCCCUUUCGUUAACAAGCCAGCAUCCAUCACACAUGUUGGAACUGGUUCAUGUACCAGACUGCAUCCCCAAAAGGAGCCUUGAGGAUUAACCAGCGGAGCCUUGUACGACAGUUUGAUGGACAGCAAUCCUCCAUGUGCUCUGCUUCAAUAAUGUCUACUCAGUUCUUGUGUUGUGCGAACCCUCUGUUUGACUCGAGGCUGUUAUCCACUCCGGCUAAUCGCAAAACGCAUCCGAGCCGAGGGAAAGGAAAGGAAAGGAAAGGAUGAGGGGAGGAAAUGGGAGAGACGGAUCUGAGGACCCGCUGGCUUCCUGUUUUGGUUGGUUUUGGCUGGUCCUGCGGUCUCCGGUGUCUCAGCUGUCCGUCGGAAUCAGGGGUGUCAUGCAGAGCGGCGGCCGCUGCCGGACGGCGUCCGGACAGGCCGGAGACGUGAGCACCUGAAGGUGGCCCUGGAGGAGUACAUGGUGAGGUUGCCCAAAGUGCGCAUCCUGAGGACCAAGAAGAGGGAGGGGCUUAUCAGGACCCGGCUGCUGGGGGCCGCCGCCGCCAAAGGGGAGGUCAUCACCUUCCUGGACUCCCACUGUGAGGCCAACGUCAACUGGCUGCCUCCGCUGAUGGACCGCAUCGCCCAGAACAGGAAGACCAUCGUGUGUCCGAUGAUCGACGUGAUCGACCACGACAACUUCGGCUACGAGACGCAGGCGGGGGACGCCAUGCGGGGGGCGUUCGACUGGGAGAUGUACUACAAGCGGAUACCCAUCCCCGCGCGGCUGCAGAACGGCGACCCCAGCGAGCCUUUCGAGUCGCCGGUGAUGGCGGGCGGACUCUUUGCUGUGGACAGGAAGUGGUUCUGGGAGCUGGGAGGAUACGACACGGGGCUGGAGAUCUGGGGAGGAGAGCAGUACGAGAUCUCCUUCAAGGUGUGGAUGUGUGGCGGCCGCAUGGAGGACACCCCCUGCUCCCGGGUAGGACACAUCUACAGGAAGUACGUCCCCUACAAAGUCCCCGGUGGGGUGAGCCUGGCCAGGAACCUGAAGCGCGUGGCGGAGGUGUGGAUGGACGAGUACGCCGAGUACAUCUACCAGCGCCGGCCCGAGUACCGCCACCUCUCCGCCGGAGACAUGACGGCCCAGAAGGAGCUGAGGAGCCGCCUCAACUGCCGGAACUUCAAGUGGUUCAUGAGCGAGGUGGCCUGGGAUUUACCCAAACACUACCCGCCGGUGGAGCCCCCUGCUGGCGCCUGGGGAGAGAUUCGCAACGCGGGCAGCGGCAACAUGUGCAUGGAGAGUAAACACUUCACGUCGGGGAGUCCCGUCCGCCUGGAGAGCUGUGCCAAGGGCCGGGCCGAGGUGAGCUGGGGCCACGGACAGGUGUUCACGUUCGGGUGGAGGGAGGACAUCCGGGUGGGCGACCCCAUGCACACCAAGAAGGUCUGCUUCGACGCCGUGUCCCACAACAGCCCCGUCACCCUGUACGACUGCCACGGCAUGAGGGGCAACCAGCUGUGGCGCUACAGAGAGGAUAAGAGCCUCUAUCACGCCGUGAGCAACAGCUGCAUCGACUGCAGCCCCAGCGAGCGCCGCGUCUUCAUGAACACCUGCGACCCGUCCUCCCCCAGCCAGCGGUGGCUGUUCGAGAGGACCAACGCCACCGUGCUGGAGCACUUCAACCGGGGCGCCGCCUGAGGCGCCGGCCGAGGAGCUGCUGCUGCUGCGAACGCUGACCCUUGGGAGGGGGGAGGGGGGGCACGGGAGAGUAACUCUUGAUGGAUGUGGGGAGGGGGGGGGGGGUUUGAAGGUGGUUGCGUGUGUCCGUUUUCUCCCCCCCUGCACAGCAUUAUGACUUGUCCCUCUCGGGCUGUCCUCCGUCUCUCUCCCCCUUUCCUGUCUCUCCUGGUCCGGCGGCCUCUGCACGUCCGUCUCUAUCUGCCUGCAUGACUGCACUUUGGCCACCUUCUCUAUUCUCCCUCUCAAACCCCCUCAUGUCUCUCCAGCUCUGACAACCUCCCCUGGGGAGGGUGUAAUGUGGGGCAGGGAAGGGGGGGGGGGGGGGGACCGUAGUGCUCCUGCUGAGCCAAAGUCAUCCUGACACCUGGGUGAAGCCAGGCAGAACCACUCUGAAAAUCACCUGUUGAAUUAAUUCUCUUCUUCAACCCUCAACCAUGUGCCCUCCGUCCCCCACUAAUGCCCCCCCCCCCCCACACACCCUGGUUUCUAGUUGUCUGGUCUCUCUGUGGGCCGAGCUGCUUCGAAUGUGGCAGGUGGAAGUUGACAAGCCCCGCCCCUCCGUGUUUAUCGAUGAGUCAUCACUGUGCCACUCGCUGCUGUCGCUCCCCCAGCGAGGGCGAGUGCCUCCUCGCCCUCGCUGGCCCGGGGCUUGUUUGUUGUCACGGUGGGAGGGUGCUGUCACACCUCUUAAGAGUGCCCCCCCCCCCCCCCCCUAUCCCGCUGUCUGUUUCCCCACAAGACCCCCCCGCAACACACACACACACACCCUCCCUCCCCCCACCCGAUUGGCCGGCCGCCGACACACCGCUUCAGAGUACAGUGCGAGCGGGGCGAGGCGGACGGGGGAGUUACUCUGGAUAUCUGUGAAGCACUUGUGUAACGAUAAACUUGAAUGAAAUUAUUUGUGCCUUGUUGGAAAUGGAUUAGAUGCAAAUGUGUGUAUUUUUAGAAAGUGUGUGUGUGUGUAACUGUGUGUGUUCCCAACGGGGACAAUUCACUGGAUUCAGCUGGAGAACUUUUGACAGCGAGAGUUCUGCAGAAUCACGUGACUCGUACCAGCGAACACACGCACGGAAUGGAGCUCGAGAUGGUUUCUAUUCCCCACGAUCUUUUCCUCCUGCCUUGAAACGUUCACUAAAGCCCUGAGAAAACCUCUGUCCUCUUUUAAUCACGAUAAGAUGCUGUUGUUACUUUUCCCCCCUCGUUCAAUCCAAAGUACUUUCAUGGGGAAGGGAAUUGCUGUUGUUGUUGUUUACCACCUUUUUUAAAAUCUUUAUUCAUGUUCUCUUGUCGUUUGUUUCGGUCCGGGGGUCCGGCUGAUGAGGAUUCAGUGUCCUGCUCAGCGGGAUGUUCUGGUCCGUCCUCUCAUCCCGUCAUGUGAAACAGACCGACGCGCAGCGUGCGUGACAUGUUUGUCGUCCCUUCCGGGUUUUAACAAUCAGUUGUAGACCAAAACGUAAUGUCGUACCCUCGACGCGCUUCAGUCGUUUUCAUUUUUACAGUCAUUUCAAUUGAGCCCAGUAAUGAAAGCGGAGCUUCGCUGAUGAUUAUUUAAACUUUAAAAUCUCCAGAAGAUACCUGAGUUGUAAAAAUAACUAAGUGAAAUUAGCUCAGCUAGUGCUAGUUAGCCAGCUAGUGCUAGCAAUCUUGUAUUGGUCAACUAGCUAGCUAGAAGCUCGUUAGCAGUAGAGCUAUAAAUAGCUAGUCAUUUGUCCACAAUGUAAAACAGGUGACAGCGCUCUACAUAUUUGAAGUCCUGACCCUGAAAUCACGAUGGGAGAUUUUUGAAAUUGAAAUCUUUGUUUGGGUGUCGUUCGUCACGUCAUCCUUCUGUAGCGACACGCAUGGACACCGUGUCCACUGCUUGUUAAGACGUGUGUAGGAAAUAAUGCUGUUUCAGACCACGUGGUGAUUGAUGUUUCCACUGCGGGACCAAACUGUGCAGCCGGCCGACCUCUGACCCGGACAUACCCUGUUUUUCUGUUCCAGUUGUCUUAAAUUACUGUUGGGGUGGCGUGUUGCUGUCUUGUUCAAUCAUGUGAGCUGAAUGUGAGUGACUGAGGGUCGUCUUUAACUUGUCUCCCGUUAGCUGAACCUUAAAUGGAUGAAAUGGCCGGUGAAAUAUUGCACAUUGUCCAGAUAAAGCUCUGCUGAACUGCUACGUGGUUUGGAGCAUUUUAUCCUCUUUUUGCCCCCUUUCAGUUUUGUUGAUAAUCGGUCUCGUUACCUCCUUGUAGCCGGAAGCUUUUUCCCACCAAAUAUCUGAUUAAACUCCCUGUAUGUCACCGGCCCCGGUCCAGAGCGCGGACGGGUAAAAGCACCGACUAUCCGGGGCACGUUUGGCAGUGAGAGAGGCCUUCAAGCAGCAGCUCAAGCAGGUGCUGUUCGCUGUAAGCGGCUUCUCGGCGAGUUUCAGUUCACAGCCAACAGACGGCUGGUUUACAGAGCGCAGCCUCCUCGGUAAUUACUCACAGAAACGCACGGCUCAGUUCCUCCGGCUGGCGUUCAGUCGGCGCGACUCUUUAAUAGAGUCUCUUCGUGAAACACCCGCAGACAGAGCGGUUCUGUUCGGUGGGGGGGGGAGGAACGUCUGUGCCAUCGGCGCGCUUCACAACAACGGCUCUGUGGGGAAAGUGGAUGACAUAUUGGCCGGGAUGUUGCUAAACGUGACCCUUGAAGUAAAGUUUUCUAAUUGGGACGUGCUUAGAGAUUUAAAGUGUGUUUAUAUUUCAUCAAACUGGAUCUUGGCUUAAGUCUAAAUGGUGUCUGCUUACAUUUGCUUUAUUCCAGCUGUGUUUUAAGUAUCAGCACAAUACUUUCCCACAGUUUUCGGAGUAGAGACAUUGUAACUGUGCAGUCAUUUGUAUUGUUUGCUGUGAUGUAAAACUACUUUUUAUCAAGGUGGACUAUAAUUGGGUGACCAGUGUAGAGAAAUUGUAUUUUAUUAGCGCAAAGGUUUUUUAAUGUCUGCAGCCAGCGUCGGUCUCUCCAUGUUGUGUACGUGAGUGUGAGGUGGAAGUGUGCGUUUUGUAUCUCAUACAAAAAAAAAAAAUCUCCCAAUAUUUUUUUCUACUCACCUUGCAACUGUAAAAGUGUAUUUAGAUAUUUAACAAUCUGGAAUUGUAUGAUAUUUUUGCUGAGACUGUAAAAUAAAAAGUUUUCUAUAUUUG